UUGACAUGUUCUGUCAGUCGUGUUGGUCGUUUGUCAUCGGUUAGCGAAAAAUUGCUUUUGUUUUGUGAAAAUCCAAUUUAUUUGUUUAAUUUUUAGUUUUCCCCACACCUGUUUGUGUGUAAAUUGCUAAAGAACCCGUAAAAAGUUGAAAAGUGAACAUCGCAGUGCAAGAAAAACGCUACAUUCCAGUAGAAAAUAAGUGAAAAAAUAUUGGGCGAACACACUACACAAGGAAGAAAAUGUAAAUUGAUGCGUUGUGAAAAAAAGCGUAGAAAAGGCGAAACAAGUUAAAAGACUGAUUCGCGGAGUUUAGUUUAUUGAGUCAUUCAAACUUUCAGUCAAACAAGCCUUCAGUUACUUUUCUGCGGAUAAAAUGAAAUGUUAUUUAUCUUGCGACACUCAAUCCAUAGUAUGUUUUGCUCGUUAUUGUCACUGAUAUUCAGUUUUCAACCCAAUAUAACAACAACACACAUGCAUUAAUCUAUUCAACAGUAAGAAAAAGAAAAACAGUGAUAAUCAUAUAAUAGUAAUACAAAAGCCAUAAAAAGUUUUGCUGUGUUCAACUAUCAACGUUCUCUGUGUAGCGGCAGAGUAUAGAAGAGGUGAGUAGUGGAGCAUAGGACUGAGUGCAAAAGUGAAGGUGGAGCCGUGACAGAUUUUAGCGCGUGUCUGUGCCUAUAUCAAAGUAGAAAUUAACACGGCAGCAAUAGCAACAGCUAGAGCAGUAUUAACAAAAACAAAAAUAAAAAUAAAAGGUUGAAAACAAAACCAACAACAACAAUUAAGUCAACAGAAACAGUGAAUCACAGCUCAAAAUGAAUUCCGAGCACGGAUUUAAUCCAGCCUUUAAUAUGGCGACCAUACGCCAAGCAUUCACGGAGGCCGUCGAACGAGUAAGAAUGCCAACACCCACACGUCUGCGAGAUCUCAUACGGCAAAUACGCGCCGCCAGGACAGCCGCAGAAGAGCGCGCUGUCGUUAACAAAGAAUGUGCCUACAUCCGCAGCACUUUCCGGGAGGAGGAUUCGGUGUGGCGAUGCCGCAACAUUGCUAAGCUGCUCUACAUUCAUAUGCUGGGUUAUCCAGCGCACUUUGGACAGUUGGAAUGCCUAAAACUCACCGCCAGCACACGUUUCACUGACAAACGCAUCGGUUAUUUGGGUGCCAUGCUCUUGCUGGACGAACGUCAGGAUGUGCACUUACUGAUAACGAAUUGCCUCAAAAAUGACUUAAAUAGUUCCACACAAUUUGUGGUGGGUUUGGCGUUGUGCACGCUGGGCGCUAUAGCAUCACCCGAAAUGGCGCGUGAUUUAGCUAGCGAGGUUGAACGUCUAAUGAAGUCGCCCAACACCUACAUACGCAAAAAGGCCACUUUAUGCGCCUUUCGUGUUAUACGACGGGUACCAGAACUGAUGGAAAUCUUUUUACCGGCCACACGUUCGCUGCUAAGCGAGAAAAAUCACGGCAUACUAAUUACUGGCGUCACGCUGAUCACCGAAAUGUGCGAAAACAGUGCCGAUACUUUAUUGCAUUUCAAAAAGGAUAGCGGAAAUCGAGAGAUUGUGCCGAAUUUGGUGCGCAUACUGAAGAAUUUGAUUUUGGGCGGCUAUUCGCCGGAGCACGAUGUCAGCGGCGUGAGCGAUCCAUUUUUGCAAGUGAAAAUUCUACGUUUGCUGCGCAUACUGGGCCACAAUGAUGUGGACGCAUCGGAGGCAAUGAACGAUAUAUUGGCACAGGUGGCCACCAACACGGAGACCAGUAAAAAUGUCGGCAACACUAUACUCUACGAGACAGUGCUCUCCAUCAUGGACAUACGUUCGGAAGGUGGCCUGCGCGUGUUAGCUGUUAAUAUAUUGGGUCGUUUUCUACUUAACUCCGACAAGAAUAUCCGUUAUGUAGCGUUGAAUACAUUGUUGCGUACCGUGCAUGCCGACACGUCGGCGGUGCAACGUCAUCGCACCACUAUUUUGGAGUGCCUCAAAGAUCCGGACGUCUCGAUUAGGCGUCGCGCCAUGGAACUCUCGUUUGCGUUAAUCAAUGCACAAAAUAUACGUACAAUGACCAAGGAGUUGUUGCUGUUCCUAGAGAAGGCUGAUCCGGAAUUCAAAGCGCAAUGCAGUUCGGGCAUGAUUUUGGCCGCCGAACGUUAUUCGCCCAAUGCGAGAUGGCACCUGGACACGCAAUUGAGCGUGUUAAUUGCGGCUGGCAACUAUGUGCGUGACGAUGUGGUCUCAUCCACAAUUCAGCUGGUCUCUAGCAGCCCUGUGGCUGAGCAGACCUACAUAACGAAUCGUUUCUGGGAAUCACUGCAAGUCGCUAAUCACUGCGAGGAUAAACAGCCGCUGCUGCAAGUCGCCGUCUGGGCUAUUGGCGAGUAUGGCGACCUCUUUAUGUAUGGCCCCAACGAAGAUGAAUUCGAACGUCCAUCGGAGAGCGAUUUGAUCGCCAUGUUCCACAAGUUCUUAACCUCUGCUCAAGUAUCAAUAACCAGCAAGCAAUACGCCUUAGUCUCACUCGCUAAACUAAGCACGCGUCUACAGAACUGCGUAGAAGAAAUUCAGGCAUUGAUUACUUCAUUCGGCAGUCAUCUGAAUGUGGAUUUGCAACAGCGUGGCGUCGAAUUCACACAACUAUUUGGCACAUAUAAAAAUUUGCGUCCACCACUGCUGGAGAAAAUGCCGCCGAUGCAGAUCAGUCGCAUUUCGUCGCAAAAUGGCGAGAGCAGUGGCUCGUAUGACGACAACAGCCCGGACUUGAUUGAGAAUGGCAUAGGCAUAGGCGAUGAACAGUUAGCGAAGGAGAGCAAUAUGAAUACACUGGGUGAUAAUACGAACAUAUUGCUGGACUUACUUGGUGGCACCGAUUUGAGCACACCCACCGCCACAGAUUUAUCCAACUCAGUUGCCGUGCAAAAGAAGAAUUCAAAGAAUGCUAAUGAAACGUCGAAUAAUCAAGCCAUACUCGAUUUGCUCGACUUGGACAUUUCAGCUAGUACGACCAGCAAUCAACCGACAAAUAUGAAUAAUGUACUUGGUCUGGAUUUGGGUGGCGGUUUGGCGGCAACAAUACCAGCAACAGCGGCGACAAAUGGCAAUGACUUGUCGAGUAUAAUGUCGCUGAGCGGCAAUGGCAUUGGCGGUGGCGCCAUUAGCGGCGUCGGCGUGGGUAUGGGUGCCGGCGGCCUUUUAGGUUCCAACAGUAUUUUAUCGCAACCUAACACAGUGCCCGGCAAUGCAUUGCUUUCGGACUUAGCGUCGCCAGUUGUGAAUGCAGCGCCACCAAACAAUAUUGCUGUGCCUCAGGGACCCACUUUAACUGUAUUGGAUAAGAACGAUUUGCUGGUGCAACUGGUGCCAGUUAGAAGAAACGACUGCUUACAAAUAUUUAUGACAACAACAAAUAAUUCAUCUAAUACACUGGAACAAUAUGUCUUUCAGGCUGCAGUUCCUAGAGUAUUCACACUACAAAUGCUAUCGCCCUCUGGCUCGGUACUGCCGCCGGCUGGUGUUAUAACGCAAGAAAUGCGUGUUGUUAGUACGUCCAAUGCUACCCUCCGCAUGAGGUUACGCAUAUCAUAUGUUGUCGAUGGACAACCCGUUGUGGAGCAAACAGAAGUUACCGGUUUUCCUGACACUGCACCCGAAUAGGAAUCAAAAUAUGUAUAAUUAAAUUUGCAGUAUAAGCACAUCAAAUGUUAAUAGAGCGUUUAAGAAAGAAACAAAAAAAAAACAAUAUCGAAACUGAGAAUUAAAAACAAAAAACACCCUCCCUCUGUUCCCUCCUUUUAACCUACUUAUCCCUUCAUACAAGUAUACAUGUGUUCUACAAAAACCACACAAACAAACUAUACAUUCUUUAUAAAUAUAUAUACAUAUAUUUUGUAAUAUACAUUUAACGUAGCAAUCAGUCAAACACAGUCUAACUGAUAUAAAUAUGUAUUAGCGAACGCUCUAAAUCUCACCACAAAUACACACACACACAAAUACGUGCUGAUUGCUUACACACACACGUUAAUACAAUGCAAGUUAGCAAUCAAAUCCAUGUCCAUUUACUCAUUCAUUCGCUCGUGUGAAAUUUUGUAAAAUAUACAUGGCACCAUAUAAUUGUAUUAUGUAUUUAGCGUAUGAAGAAUCAAACUGAUAAUAAAAACACACACACACACCAUAACAAAAAACGUAAUAGAAAAUAAAUAAACAAGAAGAAACAAAAAAUUAUAAAUUAUUUUAAGUGUAAACAUACAACUAUGUACAUUUAGAGAUGCUCAUAGCAGACGAAAGACGAACUAAAACGCAACGCAUGUAUACUCGUACACAAGAGAUGCUAGUUAGAAAAUCGUAAAAUGUCCAAUUUUGCACGCUAAGCGCAUCCUACCAACUUCCCUUUCGUUAUGUAAUUUAAUUGACCACAUUGCUGUGUGUUUUAUUGUGAAAAAGAAUGAAAAUAAUGCUUAUAUUGCUGAUGUCGGUGUGCUUCGUCCUAUUCUGUUAGAAUUCGCAAAGUUUUUGUUGAUGAAAAUUUAUUGUUAUUCGCCUAAAUUGUAUAGAUAUGUUUGCGCUACUUUGGUAUUUUAAGCAAAAAACGAAAAGAAAACGAACUUUAACUGGAAAUGUUUUUAUUAUUAAUAUUUUAUUGAACCUUUUGCAACAAGCCUUUGCUUGGAAAGUUUUAUAAUUGAAUAUAAACUACUAACAACUGUAUUUAAGGUCCGUAAAACCGAGCUACUUUAUUUUUUAUUCUAUCUUAUGUAUCGAAAACCGGCGGCUUUAUUGAUAACCAAUUUAUAUAUUUAAAUAAAUUAUUUUAGCAACUAUUUCCACUGAUUGCUUGAUUUUGCUAAUUUGCUUUUGCUUAUUUUUCAUUUUAUUUAAUUUUAUUAUGUUUUUCCUCAAUUAGCAUAAGCGUAAACAAUUAAAAAGCGCUGAAGUACUUAAAAUUUAUAAAUAUUAAUAAUAUUGCUUUAUAUUUAAGAUCAGUGUACGGGCUGUAAGUAAGGAGCAUGCAAAUAAGUAUGAAGUGAAUUGCAUAAAUAAAAGUAUAAAAUGAUGAAAUAUA